UGUUAAAAUAGUUAAGAACAGAUGAUGCUUUUAUAUAUACUGUUAAAAGACUUCUGUUAUUUAUUUAUUUUUUCUGGCACCGAAAUAAAGUUUCCCAUUCUGUGCCAUGACGUUUUGUAACACCCAUGUCAAGAAUUUGUUUACAAACAUAGAAAAAAUAAUAGAAACGACGCAAUAACUCUUUUUAAUGAAUUUAAACAAUCACAAAGUUACAAAAAGAUUUUACAGGAAAGUUAUAUUAUCUAACAGAACAUUAAAAUUUAGCGACGAUGUUUAAAAAUAUAAGCAAUAAAAAACCGAUUCGCAUGUGGAUUGAUGGAAAAUGCUUCAACAUUAAAGAAAUUAAGCGAAAAUCUAAAGAAACUACGGUGACAGCCUUACAUUCAGAUACAACAUCCAGUUCAAAUGAAACAAACACACAAAGCAUACAAGAAAAUGAGGAAUUCAAUGGAAACAUGCAAAUAACUUGUGAUAAUGGAAAAUUUACUACCAGUUUUUGUUUACCCAAGUUAUAUUAUGAAAAAAUAUUCAAAUUUCCUGAACUUAAUCUGAAGUCAUUGUCUGAUGAAACAGAAACAGAAAUUCAUAUUCCAACAAAAAGUGAAAAUGGCAAAUUAAUGAUCAGUGGAGCAAGUGAGGAGAAUAUUAAAUUAGUAUUGAAAGAAUUACUCCCUUGUAUUGGACAAAUUCGUAAACAAACUGGACCAGUGCAAUUUUUGGCCAUAAAAACCACAAAUGAAGAAAUUAUAUGCAACUUUGAGAAAUUUAAAAGUGAAGUUUUAUCACUUGAUGGAAUAAAAGGCAUGCAUGAAUCUAUUUUUCAAAAAGCAGAAAAAUUACAUUUGACUAUUGAUGUUUUAUCUUUGCUCAAUGAACAAGAGAUAAAUGAAGCCAUAACUGCUUUAAAUGAAUAUAAACAUAAAUUGAAUGAAAUAAUUGAAAAGUUUGGUCCCUUAAAAAUACGAAUUUCUGGAUUGGAUUGCAUGAAUAACACCACAAAUAAUGUACAUGUCAUGUAUAGCAAUGCUGAAAUUGUGAGUGAUAAUCAGGAAGCUAGUCUGCAAACAAUUGUAAAUAAUAUUGCAGAAUAUUUUUAUGAAAAAGGUUUGCUUAAAUCAUAUUCAAACCCAGUAAAACUGCAUAUGACUGUAAUAAAUACAAAAUACCGACAAGGAACGCCAAAAAAAGGAUAUAAUAGAAAAUGGCAAAAACGAAUACCCUUUGAUGCUACCAAAAUAAUGGAUAAAUAUAAGGAUUUCUACUUUGGAGAGUGCAUUUUUGAUUCUGUAUAUUUAUGUCUCAUAUCGACAAAGGGCGACGAUGGAUUUUAUAAACCUAUACAUGCAAUACAUAUUUAAUAGAAUAAAUUUCUUUUUUUUUUUGA